GGCGGUCCGCGCUUUGACCCGCCUGGAUCCGCUGCAGCGAAGAAGCGACGCGCCGGAAAGCUACAGGAUAGCAAGAAACGAGCCGUGAUCAAAACACAACCCCGGGGGCCCGCGUCCGCGUCCGCUCUCUCCUCAGAUCUCGGCGCAGGACGGCGAUAGGUGUCCGCAAAGUGGUUUGCAAGGGACGGACGACGCACGAACCCGGGUUUUAUGCGAGCAAAGGAAGUAGCUGUUACUUUGGCCUCGGCAACUUGGCUGACGUUAGGCCCAGGUAGCGAUAGCCGUCGAGCUUUUUCUUUUGACCAGCCAAAGCAAAACAAGGAAUGAGUGAUGACCUCUGUGGUAGUGUCAGAUGGUGGAGGGAACAUCGUGGAGUAUGUCACCGUGGUGGAGGAGCCUCAGCAGUGUGAGCAGCAGCAGGCUGAGGAAGAGGAGGAGGAGGAGGAAGAGGAGGAAGUAGUUCAGCAGGAAAUAGAGGCAGUGAUCGUGGAAGGUGGCGAGGAGGUGCAGGAAGAUGUGGAGGAGGAGGAGGAGGAGGGUGUGCUGCUGCAAGAAGAGGGCUGUCCGGCGGUGAUCGUGGAGGAGGUGUCCAGUGCCCAGGUAGAGGAGUGCUACUCUGCACAGGUCCUGGUCUACGACGACGAGACCUACCUGAUGCAGGAUGUGGCCGAGGAGCAGGAGGUGAUCACCGAGGUGUCUGAGACUGUGGAGAUGUCCGGUCACGACAUGGUGUGUUUCGACAAAACCUUCGAAGCGGCAGAGGCUCUUCUCCACAUGGAGUCCCCCGGAGGACUGCACAAUGAACGCAACGCAGCAGAAGACGUGAUGAUGGAGACGGUGGUGGAGGUAUCGACAGAGUGCGGCCCCAUAGAGGAAGAGGAGUCCUUCCCCAUCCCUCCAGACUGUGAACCUGCUGUCAAGAGGAAGAGAGGAGGUGGACGCAAGCCCAAGACGAACCAGCCCGCUUCCAACGGCUCCUUUGGGAUGGACCUGGGGAUGAAGAAGAGGCCGAGGGAGGGCAAAGGCAACACCACCUAUCUGUGGGAGUUCCUGCUGGAGCUGCUGCAGGACAAAAACACCUGUCCCAGGUACAUCAAGUGGAUGCAGAGGGAGAAGGGCAUCUUCAAGCUGGUCGACUCCAAGGCCGUGUCCAAACUGUGGGGGAAACACAAGAACAAGCCCGACAUGAACUAUGAGACCAUGGGUCGAGCCCUGAGGUAUUACUACCAGCGCGGUAUCCUGGCCAAAGUGGAGGGACAGCGGCUGGCCUACCAGUUCAAAGAAAUGCCCAAGAACAUCCGGGUGAUCGACGACGAGGAGGACGGAGAGGAGGCGGAGGACAGCGAGUGCGUGCUGUCCGGCCAGCUGCCGGCUCACCAGCACGCCACCGUCAGCCUGGGCGCCAACUCUCCCGCUGCCGCCCAGCACCAACAGACCUACAUCACCGUCAUCGGCGGCAACGCCGGCGCCAGACCCAUCCGAGCCCUGCCAGUGGUCAUGACCAACUCGCUGGGUCAGGUGACGUUGAACUCCUCUUCGAUCCUUACCACCGCCUCGGGGGUCCCGGUAACAGUAGCCAACGCCUCCGCCGGCGCUCCCCCGAAGCUGGUCAUCCAGGCUCUGCCCACCAUGCUGCCCUCCGGCUCCAAAGCGGGGGAGAAGAUCACCAUCAUCACCAUCCCGGCUAGCCAGCUCGCCACACUGAUGCAGUCUAACCCGUCUGGCCAGAUCGCGCAGCUCUUCCAGGCAAAGCCUGUCAUGACGCAGCUGGCGCACGGCGCCGCCAAACAGGCCACCGCCUCCUCGACGAUCCAGCUGACGGCGGGCCGGCCGCUGCAGCAGCACCUCGUCCUGGCUAGGCCGGCAGCGGUGGCCCAGCCACUCCCGCAACUCACCAUACGGUUCAACCAGCCUCACGCUUUCCCCCCCAAAACCCCCACCCAGCCCUCGAAGCCCCCCAGCAGUCAGCCCGAAGCAGCACAACUGGAGGCAGCAGCACUUGAGGCUCCACCAGCAGCAGCAGAAGCCACCUCUUCCUGAGUGCUCCGGGGCUCUCCGGUGGGGUACAGGAAGUGACCUUUGACACUGCUGAGAAAGUGCCGGACACAUCUCUCCCCCCCCCCCACACCACCACCACACCACACACAUAGUCACAGUGCUGAGUUGCUCUCUGAUUGGCUCAGACAGUAGCCCGACAUUGGUCUCCAGCGCCCCACAAAGGAUUAAAGGGACAGCCGCACACACGCAGAUCCUUUCGGAGCUCAGGAGACAUGGGCAGCCUUAGAUUGUAAAUGAAAAAUAAAGUCCUUUUUGUAAUCCAACGUAAUAUAAAUGCCUGACGAGACUUGUAAACAGAAAUGUAAAAAGCUUUUUUUGAUACUCAGCGGGUAUGCUUCAGUACAGACGUUUGAAUUCAUGUCUUUGUUUCCUCUUCUGUUUCAUUCUAACAGUUUGUCUGCAGAGCACUGUUUUUACAGUUCAUAAAAAAGGGAGUGAAAGGAUGUCUGUCCAGAUUAAAGAACGAAAAGAUGUGUUCCACAUCUGAAGGAUAA